ACCGUUGCCGCGGACGACCGAUACAGUUAUUGCGAAUCAUUUGCAGUGAUAUCAAUUAAAAUCUUCUCCAGCUACACAGAGCCUUAUUUUUAAAUAAAAACACAAGAUUAUACUUUCGUACCCCCAACAAACAUUUAUAAUUAAAUCCCAAGUGAAUUCUGAUACAAAACUAAAAUUCGAAUUAUCUUACUUUUGAAUGUUUUAUCAUCAACGGUUUUCACGCGCCUGUGCAUCGACAAACUCAUAACAAAAUUCUUUCUCCUACACACGAAUAGAUAUUCGAUAUAAAGUUUAAUUCUUCAUUCAUUUUUUAAACCCAAGUGCCGCAUAACCUGUUGCAUAUAAAAGCGUUGUGCCAUAGAGCUGAUAAUUUCAUUCAAAUCUGUGACUCUUAACGGUUAACAAGGAUAUAAGAUUAACAGUGAAGUGAUUAAGUGCGUGAUUUAAAAAAUUGACAUUGCCGUCGGCAUCUAUAGUAAAUCCAUCAGUUGAACAUUUAUAGAAUACAACACAAUAAAUAAAAGGACAUUAACAAUGGCAUUUUCAUCAGCAAAUCAAUUUGCAUUCUGCAUUUUUCUGACAAUAAUGUUGAGUCGUGGAAUUAAAGCCAGACCGGAAAGCAGAGUAUAUUAUCCCGAAAUAGAUAUUCCACAGUAUAUAAUGGAUGAAACAGAAACAAUGGAUGAUGAUAUUUACAGCGAUAUGAAAAGAUAUCCUGCAAAUAAUCCAGCAUUUAUGGCAAAACGACAAAAUUUGCGAGACAUCUUUCGACCGAAUUAUGGUGAGGAUGAAGUUGGGACUAAUUUGGAUGAUGACAUUCCCGAACUCAUACCCACACCAUUGCCAUUAAAGAAAAGUCAAAAAUUCAAAAAUAAGAAAGAUCACGCUGAGAAGAAAAAUAUAAUUUCUGGAAAAAAUUUUUAUAUGCAUCCAUGUCCUUUCAAAAUAUGUACAAUGGGACGCAAGAGGAACGCCAGAUACUUACAAUACUAGUUCAUUGACAUUCCAGAAAAGCUGUCGUGAACGUAGGAAAAAAAACUAUUUCCCAUUCAUUUAAAACUGUUAUAAAUCAUUUUUCGUCACUUUCUAUAGAUCUACUCCCUUUGAGUAGAAAAACUUUACAUUCCAUAGAAAAUACUUAAACAUUUCUCCAAAGCACUUGCAAAAGUACGACAAUUAAGCUACACUAUGCAUUAAAGUUCAAAAAUUUGUAAUACAAAAACAAAAUAUUAAAAAAAAACAACCAUAACAUUUAACUUUUAAAAAAACCAAAAGUAUUUUUUAUUUUUAAAGUUAGUUUAAAUACAUACUUAUUUCGAUUAUAAUAGCUAGUCCAAGACAUUUUAAAUUUCAUUUACCAACAUUAGUUCAUCAUGAAACAAAACAAGUUAUAUCCAUUAAUUUUCAUAUGCAUAAUGUAAACACAUGUUAGUAAUUGGUUAUUUUAAGUUGUUUUAUUUAUUUUAUAUUUAUUACGUAGUUUAAAGUUAACAUGUAAAAAAUGAAAAUUUAAAUAAAAUUGUAAAUUUAUUUGUUAAAUCCACUUAUAAGUAGA